AUGGACUUCCUGUCUUCUCUCCGUAGUGCAAUGCCUGGAGGGCUUGAGGACAGUAUAGGAUUCUCCGAGCAGAAGGAGCCUCUAUCUCCGCUCCACGCGGCAGUUGAUGCGGAAGAUGUGGAUCAGGUGCGCCAAUUGGCUGCCACCGCAGACCCUGUCGCUCUGACUGCGGCUCUACAUCGAUCCUGCGAAAGUGGUAAAAUUACCAGCGCCCAGGCUUUGAUUGAGAGCGGGCGAUGUGAUGUCAACACGGCUGUGGAUGGAGACACGCCUUUAUUCUUGGCCGCGAACAGGGUCCAGUUGGCCAUAGUCAAACUCCUGCUUCAACAUGGGGCUGAUGUCACGACAAAAUCCAGGAACAAGCGGUCUAGAGACAAGCUCCCUGCCUUUACCCCCUUCCACGGAGUGGUGGACAGUGUGGGUCCCUACCAAAAGCUGGACGACCUGUCCCGCUAUGAAGAGCUGAUGCAGGUGCUGCUGGACGCUGGGUGCGACAUCAAUGCGCGGGAUGCCCACGGACAGACUGCGUUGCUACUUUCAGUACACAACGAGACCGCCCUUGUUCCAUUUCUCUUGCAACAUGGAGCGGAUCCGAACAUCGCAGAGGACCGGGGAGGCACUUCUAUGCAUUUUCUCCACCAUCCCUUGGACCACCCAGAGUUGUUCAAGAGCCUCAUGGCACACGGAGGCCGCCUGGAUAUUAUCCGAGAUGAAGAUGGUCAUACCCCGCUGCAUGCGUAUGCGUCUAAAUGGCAGCUGGGCGAUCUCUCGCUGUUCCAGCCAUUUGUGUCGGAUUGGACGAUCACUGACGGUAAGGGCAACACCCUUCUUCAUAUCGCUGCCGCAAAACAUAGGUGCGGGAGUAGCACUAUAGUGGAAUUGUUGAAGCUUGGAGUCGAUCCCAACCAGAGGAAUCACGAAGGGCAACAGGCUAUCCACAUGGUGGAGGGGUCGGAACAAGACAUCCAGGAUGUGUUGGACAUUCUCUGCGCAGCCGGUGCAGAUCUCGAAGCCAGAGACUAUCGUGGAUGUACGCUUCUUACCAAGGCCAUGCGCAGCCAUGCACAAUGGAAUUGUCGCAAGCUUCUUCCCUACCUCAUCAGCCGCGGAGCCAAUAUCAACGCGCAGGAUUACAAAGGCAACGGGGUACUAUCCUAUCUGAUUGAGCCAUACAACUUCCGAUUUGAGUACUUGGAAUUUCUACUGUCUCUUGGUGCAGAUCCAAAAUUGGCAAAUUACGAAGGAGACACACUCUUGCAUCAUCUCGCGGCCAAUUUUGCCACUAUCAACCAAGACACGGUCCUUCUGGCCAUGAUCCGACUUGUCAAAAUGGGGAACUCCCCGACGAUUCCCAAUUUCCGAGGCCAGACACCUCUGCAUAUGUUAUGCAGUCAGUCUUCAGAUAAUUUGUUCGCGGCGACCGCAAAGGGAGGCAAGUGUGCUAUUGACCUACUUCUAGAUGCGGGUCUCGGUGUCGCUUUAAACAUGAGUGAUCACCAGGGAAUUCGACCUAUCCAUCUAGCUGCUACUGUUUCAGAACACUUGGUCGGUAAAUUACUCGCUCGUGGGGCUGACCCCACGACCUCAACAAAGGAUGGCCGCAAUAUGUUGCAUAUUGCAUCAACCGCGCGUCAAAGUAACUCGGUAGGGUUGAUUUUGGACCACUACAACUCGAAACAACUCGCUCUAAUGCUCAAUGCACGCUCGGAAGAUGGAAGGACGCCGCUGCAUGUGGCCUGCCGAUCUGGGAGACUGGAGACAGUGAACCUUCUCCUAUCAUAUGGAGCAGAUGUUACGAUCGAGGACAAGAACAACCAUACACCUCUAGAUGCAUGUGCCGAGUCCAUCACGGAAGAGCAGCUUUGGCAGGGGGCCGACGACCAAGAAAACAUGAUGAACACACGAUCUGCGGCAGGGAUAUUGGCAGAAGAUAGCCAUCGGCCGUCACAGCCAGAUUCGAAGAUUGGAACGAAGCAUCGAAAUACCAAAGGUUUGGGGUGGAAAGGAGAAAUUACAUCUGAAAGUUCAACGAUUGGAAUCGGACGAAUCAUACAAGCAUUGGCGUCUAAUGGAGCUGUGGCAUAUGAAAAGAAAUCUGGUGCCAGUCCCAUGUACUAUGCAGUUGACGAGGGAAAUGAGGAAAUGGCCGUGGAGUUGGAGAGAUUAUCACGAGCAAUGAAUCUUGAGAUGAAAGGUCACCGCCACACCAACACUGAUUACUAUCUGCUGCGUGCUCAGCCCCUCAUAGACCUCCUCCAGGAACAAUUCAAGGAAUACGUCUCUGAGCGUAAUGUGCUCCCAAUGAUCUUGCUCGGUCACCAUGAGGAGGUUGCACAGGCGCUGGAGAAAAAUGCUUCCGUUCUCGAGGACAAAUCCGGCAUGCCAGCGAUUAUGAUCUCUCUUGCGAGAUGGGGAUUCUCCGAGCUCUUUGAACGGAUUGGUGAUACAAUGUCAGACAACUGGAUUAACGGCGACAAUACCAAUCUUUGGGGUCAAAAGCUGACCCCGCCUCUUCUUACGGCUGCUCAGCGAAUUCUUCCUAACCUGGAUGUUAUUCGAGUCAUGGUCAAGAAGUUCAAGGCAGAUGUCAACAUCAGAUUCACAGCGGAUAUGAUUGAUAAACCCCAGAUAAGCUACCAAACAAGGAUGGCACUGAACCGACAUUACCAACCGGGUGACACGAUCCUCCAUCAACUGGCUCACGGUACGCACUGGUGGUAUGAAGGGGCCAUUCGGUACCUCCUGGAACAUGGAGCCGAUCCCAACGCCCAGAACGACCAGGGAAAGACGCCUUUAUGCAAUGCAGUUUCACAGGGAGAGCUAGGGGGUUACCGCCAGCUCGAAAUUACGAAAGCAUUGCUGGAGGGAGGUGCUGACCCUAACAUAGCUACACCAUGUGGUUAUACCCCGCUGGCUAUGUCAGCGCACGACACCCAGUUGUUCCAAUUGCUGAUCGAACAUGGAGCAUAUCCCUCUCAGGACCAGCCCAUGGAACUCUUCGUUGCGUUGUCAAGUUUUAACAAAGAUGUGGCCUCGGCUCUCUUAGAAAUGGACCUGGAUUGCAAUACAACGGUGUUAUCCAAUGAACAACCACAUUGGCAUACGGACCGUGUCCAAAAGGACCCGGCAACCGGCGAGCUCAAGCUGAGCCCCCUUCUUUACAUCUCCAUGUUGCCAUUUAACGAAGCCAAUUGCCGUGACCAUGCCUGCAGGAUGAUUGAAUUUCUGUUCGAACGCGGAGCAGACCCCUUCCUGCCUUGCGACAGGAGUCAAGUGAUUCUACACGAGAUUUUCGCCAACGGAGGAAUUAUCCAACCAUGGCUAGACCAACCUGAUCUUGACCUCGAACGACGAGACCCCAGAGGAAGAACGCUGCUACUGGCAGCGGCGAGCUCUACGACCGGAACCAACUCUUAUGCUUGCACAGUCACGGCAUACCCACACCGAGGGGGAAGUAUUGAACAGGCUCCCUGGAAAGAAGGUGAUCCCACGCGCGCAAUGGCCCUGUAUGAAAAGGGAGCGGAUUUGAGAGCAGUAGAUAACGAGGGAAACAAUGUACUGCAUUAUCUGGCUGAUGUUGAAUGCUCUGAUCAUUUCGCAUCGAUCGAAGCUCGACGAACUUUGACUUUGUUUGUGAAUCAAGCCCCCGAGUUGGUACUCCAGACCAAUGUGCACGGGCAGACGCCCUGGUCGAUAGCGGCAGAGAAGCAUUUUGUGGAGUUCAUGGAGAUCUUGCGGACAGAUAAUGUGCACGCGGAAUGA